CGCCGGGCGGGCGGCAACAAUGUGUCCGCUUCACUAGGAGCCGCUACUACGGGCCGUCGCCGCCGCGCAGGGCUCGCCAGCCCGGGGGGGCCAUGGGCAGCCCCACAGCGGGGCCUCGGGCCUAGGCAGAGCCCCCCAGCCCGCGGGGGGGCCCGCCUCGGCCCCCCGGUUUGGCAGGGCGGGGGGCGAGCUCACGCGCUGCAGCCCCCCCCGGACAGACGUGCGCUUGGAGAUACCGCACCGCUCCGCUCCCCUCCCCGUCCGCUCGCCCGCCCGCCCCACGAAGUUUGCCGGGCGGGGCAUGCCCCGGGGGGCGGCCGCCCCCUCGCCCUCGCCCUCGCCCUCGCCCCCGCCGCGCCGCGGAGCCGUGGGAGCCGGCGCCCAGAGGAGCGGAGCGGAGCUUGCCCCGCGGUCGGCCCGGGGCUGAUCCCGGCGCGACCCCGCCGCCCGCCCGCCCGCUCGCUCGCCACAGACUUUGCACGGCGCGGGGCGGAGGAGAAGGAGGAGGACGGCGCCCGCUGCCGCGCCAGGAUGAAGCCGGGCUUGCUCCGGAGCAGCGGGAGCCCAUGAAGCCGUGAAGCCGGGGUGGGGACGGGGGGAGGAAGGAAGGACGAGCAAAUACGAUGGUGCAUUUGGAGGUGGCCGCGCUGCUGGUCGCCCUGGUCGGGGUUUGCGUCUGGACGGACGAGACGGGGAAAGUUAUCUCGGAUCGCUACGCCGUGUACUGGAACAAGAGCAACCCCAGGUUUCAUCGCGGGGACUACACGGUGGAAGUGAGCAUCAACGACUACCUGGAUAUCUACUGCCCUCACUAUGAGGACCCCUUCCCGACGGACAAGAUGGAGCGGUACAUCCUGUACAUGGUCAACUACGAGGGCCAUGCCUCCUGCGACCACCGGCAGAAGGGCUUCAAGCGCUGGGAGUGCAACCGGCCCGACUCGCCCAACGGGCCCCUGAAGUUCUCCGAGAAGUUCCAGCUCUUCACGCCCUUCUCCCUGGGCUUCGAGUUUCGGCCGGGGCAUGAGUACUACUACAUCUCUGCCACCCCCCCUAACCUGGUUGACAGGCCCUGCUUAAAGCUGAAGGUUUAUGUUCGACCGACAAACGAUUCCCUGUACGAGUCCCCGGAGCCCAUCUUCACAAGCAAUAACUCCUGCUGCAGCCUCAGGGUCCCGCACGCCAUCCUGGUGGUGGUGCCGGUGUUCUGGACUAUCCUCACCUCCUAGCCCCACGCGGAGCCAAACCGAGGGAGGGGAGCCGCCUCGCAGCACAGCCGGGAAAGGAGGAGACGGACGGACGGACGGGCGGACAUGGGGGAAGAGGCGACGUGCUGGGGCCGGGGCUGGGGGGCAAGGUCCCGCUCAGUCCAGCCUUUGGCUUUUGCUUUCCAAGUUUCCCUUUGACAGUGACCUUGGACCAGGGCUCCAGCUGCUCGGAUGCUGGGGGAAGAGGGGACCCCUCCCCUGACCGGGACUGAUUUGGGGAGAAGACUGCCAAGAUCCCCCCUGCCCUGGCGCCCCGCUUUGGGAGCCGCUAACCCCGGGCAGGACUGCGGCAGGGCGGGCGCAGCGCUGGCUCUGGACGGACCCGCGGCUCGGCCUCCCCCACAGGCAUUUGCUUUUUAAAUUUCUAGACCAAAUAUUCAAGUCCUUUUGGGUUUUUUAUGUCAUUCCCGGUGCCUGGGGGCGUCAGCCCUGUUCCGGGCACAACACGAGAGCCCUCCCCGCCCCAGCCACGCUCCUUCCCCAGGUGCCACGGGAAGGCCGGAGGAUCCCCCUCUCUCGGUUCCCCCCAGCACUCAGACGGACCCGAUCCCUGGCCCGGGGCAGCCGUCAGGAAGCGGACACGGCUCCGGGACGCAGCGGUAACCACAGCCAACGGAGCCCUUCCCAGGCCAGCCUCAGCUUUUGCCGCUGUCCUUCUGCAGCCAGAUUCGCUCUCGCCCGGCCGGAGCGGUGCCAGGACCCUGGGGCUCCCUGCCGGAGGGGUCUGGACAGAGGGGCCCGAUGGAAACAGGCAAUCCAGGACCUUCAGAGCCAGCCAGGCAGGGCCGGGACCUGGCGGGAUGACUCUGGCUCGUGCACGGAUGUGUGUAAUUUGUUGUUGCCGUUGGGGUUGGCAAGGGGAGGGCUGAGCGGCCACGUGCAGCCGGCGACGUGCAGCGGGUGGACGUCUUCGGAGCAGCAAUGGGCCAUGCCUGCAAAGGGUUCAUGGGUGGCCAGCUGCGGGAGGGGAAGGAACGGGCGAAGCCAGGGGUUUCGGCAGGAGCAGGCUCCCAAAUCCACUUGGGGGAAGGGGCAGCCGGAGGUGGGCAACGGAGCCGGCUUGUUGGAAAGCGGCUGAAGCAAGAGGGCAGGGGCCGGCCUGGCAGUGAGAAGGGCUCUGGGGAUGGUGAGAGCAAUCAAGGGGGCCAAGGAUGCUGAGGGGUCUCCGAGGGGAGCCCUGAUGCCAGGCUCCUCUGUGCCCUUGGUUGAGAGCGGGCGGGCGAUGGGUGCAGCUUGGCUAAGUCCCUUCCCAUUUGCAAGACCCCUUCGCUUCACGCCGGGGCUGGUGCUUUCCCCCCCCACCCGGCCCCACUGUGAGGGCUAGGAGAGGGGUCAGCGUGCGAGCAGCGCCCGGGUGGUCCCCAGCCCCGCUGGACCCACGAGCGAGCUGCUCGUCGGGCCGUGGCGUGGGUCUCUGGAGCCAUCCACGCUCUUCCCCUUCCCUCUCACCAGCGGCUUUCAAUCCUGCCCCCCACCGCUCCGCUGUCCCAGGGAAAAGCAGCUGGCUCAGCUUUUUUUCCUCCCCAUUUCUUUGCUCUUAGACUGGCCCCCAGCUACCCAGGCAUGCCCCGCUCCCUCCGCUCUGCCCCUUCUGCUGGGACAAGCUGCACUUCAGGGCUGGAAGUUAAAGAAAGAGGGGACGAGCCAAGGCAGCGAGGGAGAGGGGCGAGGAGCUGUCGGGGUCUUGGCACAUCCCGCGGGAGAGGAGCCCAGUAGCAAGAGGCGGGGAAGGGAGGCCGGAGCCUGGCAUGUCUCAGGCUGGGGGGAAGAGGGUACGAUCCAGGGACGCCCCGAGCACGCGUCGCAUCCAGCCGUGCACAUCUCGCCCCGCCAGUGCUGCCGGCACAGUGGAAACCCGUGAACAGCCGGCGACGCUACCCGAGCCCCCCGCACCUUUCGGCCUUGUACAUACGCCGGCGGGCGUUGGACUGUGAGCCUUCGUCAGAUAUUUUUUUUUAACGUAUUGUUGAGAAUGGAUUUUCUGGAAAGGGUGGAUUUCGCUUUUGAUUUUUUAGACUAGGAAGCUCGAAGCCGCGCAAUAAGUUCAUCUCGGCCCCUCUCAUCCCCUCUCCCACCCCUGCCGCGCCCUACGUCCCAGACCGGGGCACGGGACCCCCCCAUUUCGACAGAUGCCAUCUUUCUCCCCUUCCCCCCCCCACCCUCCAUGGGAAGCCAGAUUUUGCCACCCUUGCUCGCAGCCGGUUCGUGGCGAAGGGGCUCGCGGGACACCGAAGAGCCCUGGCUCCCACUCCGGCUCCGGGUGUGACUUUGGGCAAGGGGCUUGGGCAGCGGGGUGCUUCCGCACGCACCUGGCAUGAAGCCCCCGGGGGAGCCAGUCGUGCAAGGCGCCUGCUGAAGCCCCUGGCUGAGUCCGCCGGGCUUCCCAAAUGCCCUCGACUCACGGUUGCACCUUUAAAAGCCCAGCUGGCACCUCUGGGGCGAUAAUACUGCCUGCAUCCGUCCUGACCCGCAGGCCCUGCCCCUCGGCGGACGGAUGCUCGAGCCCACGCAGAGCCAGCCGUCAGACCUGAGCCACCCACGGGUGCCACCUGUCCUGGGCGCGCGCACCCUGGGGACGGUGGCAAAACCUGGCUUCCAGUCUGUGUUUUAUAUAUAUAUAUUAUAUAUAUAUAAAUAUAUAUAUUGUGUACAGCGAUUGUGAGAGAAUUAAAAGACAAAAGCAACCGAGGAAGCAAUGUUCAAACGAAGCUAUAAUUAAACACAACAGGGUUUGGGAUUGGGUCUUUGGGUUUGGGGGGUUGUUUUUUUUUAAUCCUUUUACUGGGUCGGGCUGACCUCCGGGGGUCGGCCCCCGCCCCCCACCCCGCCCCGGGAACUGUCUCUGCUUGUUGGUCUCGACUCGCCUAGCUUGGUCCGUAGACAUGCAGCUUUCGUUCUCCGCGUCGUGCCGAUGGUGCCCGGCCCCUGCCCCAUUUGGAUUCUGUAUUUUUUUAUAAUAAAAUAAAAAUCAAUGUCGUGCGA